UUAUUCGCCAUGAUUGACAUGAAGCCUCCGAUAUCACGAGCAAAGAUGAUGUCAGUCACUAAAUCAGCAAUAAAGGCUAUCAAGGUAGGUUAGAGCAACGUGUGUGUGACCCUGUGUAUACUGUAUAUAAGGAGCACUGUACUGUUAACUUAUCAGAUGAGUGUCUCAUUGAAAAUGAAAUACUGGUGAAGUAAUUUUUCUGAUGCUUUUAAUGUGACCUUGUAUAAAUUCACACCAUGAAACAUUUUUAAUCUUGUUUCCGUUUCAUGUCCCCUCUCAGCUAUACAAGCAUGUCGUCCAGAUUGUGGAGAAGUUCAUCAAGAAGGUAAGUCAUGGGAAAAACAACCCAUGGAACUAUUAUCAAGAGUGGUUGGCUUUGCUUUCAGACAAUGCCAAUAGCCUGAAAGUGACCGCAUGCUGCCCAUCCGGAACAGUUACUGCAUAUUUUGUGACGUGUUUUGUUUUGUUUUGGUAUUUAGUAAAGUAAUUGUUUUGGCUGUUUUCGCGCGCACGUUUUUUCUCUCGAGGCAAGCCGAAGUCUACGCCCCUUCGUCAGUGAUUGGUCAACAGUAGGGAUUCUUAAUGAAGUGAUUGACAUUCAACGAGAAACAAAUGUUUCAUUCACAUGUAUUCACUUGAAAUACCGCACAAAACAUCUUAGUUGGAUGUAAAAUUGCGCGAUUAAGAUCUCCUCUGCAAAAAUGUAAACUAAUUACAUAUUUCUUGAGUUGUCUUCGAUUAAUUCUGACUAUUUUGAGGAAGUGUAUACUGGCUAUGGCAUCUCAAGAUGGACAAACAGUACUAUUGCUGCUUUUUUUCUUAUUUUUCAAGCGAGUAUGCAAGCAAACUCAUUCGGUUUGCCUAUAGGCAUCAGCCGAACCAAAGCAUGUAGAAGGCUUUAGUCUUGGAAACCAUAAAACAAAAUCAAAAGUUUUUACCCUUUUAUAAAAUGGUUAUAAAACAUUUAAUGUUUUUACCCUUAUUGUAAUUUGUAGACCAAUGAUAAGGUGAAAUACCAGUGAUAAUACAAUCUGAGACCUCUUCCUCCAGUGUAAGCCAGAGCUGAAGGUUCCCGGCCUAUACGUGGUGGACUCCAUAGUCCGACAGUCACGACACCAGUUUGGAGUGGACAAGGACGUCUAUGGACCCAGGUUCCAAAAGAACUUCACCCCGACCUUCCAGAACCUCUACCUCUGUCCACACGAUGACAAGGUAGGGUUAUUACUGUAGAUGUUUCUUUAUUGGUGUUUCACCAAGGCAGGGACACACAUUUUUAGAUUCUAGCACUAAAUCAAAUCAAAUCAAAUUUAUUGUCAAAUCCAAAUCAUGGUGAUUGGUUCAGUAACCGUAUUGAUCAGGAUGAUUGCUUUCAGCUUAACCGUAUGACAUGGAUUGUUCAGUUAUCCUAUUGAACAGGAUAUGUGUCAGUUAAUCAUAGUGAAUCGGAGAUGUAUCAGUAGUCAUAGUUGAACAAUGAUUAGUUGGACAUCAGAGAAUGUGAGGAUCCUAUUGAGUCAAAAAAAUAUAUCAGACAGUGAGAUAUAGAAAACCUGCAGAGGGAGCCAUCCAAUGACAGUGUCCUAUUGGAAUCCGAGUUAGAAGAAUGAAUGUGGACAAGAUGGGGACGGUGUUGGAAUGGAAUUACAGUAAUGAAAUGUACGUUAGCCAGUAUAAAUGAAUGUAUAUAAGACAAAAUUCACAAAUUUACACAACGCAGAGUCUGCGAAGUUAAAACUACAGACUCAAUAAUUAUGCCUGGGAUGCUAAAAGUCAAAAGUAUGGGGGAGUUAAUAGCGUCAGAAGGUACAAUGAUUAGUUCCUUUAAUCCAUUGUCUGUGUAGCCGGCGCGGUCUGCUCGUUGCCGACCACUGCGUUGUGUUCCGGUGCACUGAAGACAAGACACUGGCGUACUUGAAGGCACUUUAUUGUGUACAACUCUCUCAAUCUGUUCAACAUCAAGGAGAGAAUUUUCAAAACUCUACCCUCGACCAGAAUCCGCCUCUCUCAGUCGAGUAGAAUGCAGACUCAGUAUAAUCACAUUCAAAAAUCCAAGGAAUAAAUACAACAUAAUUGGAAAAUAAACAUCGCAUCUGGUGUAUAUCUUAUGUAUGUGUCAUAUUGCAUGUUAUCUCUGCCAAAAACUCUGAGCUUUUAGCCUUUACAUUAAUACUGUGCAACAUGACAUAAACCAUCUUUCAAAUAGGUAAUACAUACAGUAAUAUGCACGAAGCAACAUGUAAUCCUUCACAUUUGAACUUUUCAGUGCCAUUAAACACUAAUCAAUACAUGAAAACAUUUUAAAUGAACACAUAUUUUUAACCUGAUAUAGGGAAUACAUACCUGUUCAACAUCAAGGAGAGAAUGUUCAAAACUCUACCCUCGACCAGAAUCCGCCUAACAUUUAAAAAAAAACUGAAACGUGGGCUUCAACACAAGAGGAUAGAAUGACGAUCGCUAACUUACAGCUAAACAAAACACGAGGUUAGCUAAGUUAGCAAUUUCUCAAACUCUCAAAAAUAGCUAAAUUCACGACACAGCUUGAUUAAAGUACGUACACUCAUCAUAUAAUAUACAUACAAGUUACUAUGUGCACUGAAACGUUUUAGUUUUAACAGGUAUAUCAAGUUUAUAUCACGCCGAAGUGAACACAUACCUCUCUCAGUCGAGUAGAAUGCAGACUGAGAAAAGCAUGAGACAACUCCGCAUAUAACCAAACCAACACUCUAGAGGGCGCACUUACACAACUAACUCUCCCAAUAUCUGUAAACUACACGAAAUGCUGAACAAUACAAUAUUUUGGUGAAAUCAACUCACAAAAUAAAAAGGCGGUGUUGAUGCAACCCAGUUCAGGAUUGCUCUCGAUGGUGCAGCUGUAGAAUUUUUGAGGAUUUGAGGACCCUGCCAAAUUUUUUAGUCUCCGGAGGGGGGAAUAGGCUUGUCGUGCCCUCGUCACGACUGUCUUGGUGGUUUGGACCAUGAUAGUUCGUUGGUGAUGUGGACACCAAGGAACUGAAGCUCUCAAACUGUUCCACUACAGCCCCGUCGAUGAGAAUGGGGCGUGCUCAGUCCUCUUUUUUUUCUGUAGUCCACAAUCAUUUCCUUUGUCUUGGUCACGUUGAGGGAGAGGUUGUUGUCUGGCACCAAACGGCCAGAUCUCUGACCUCUCCCUAUAGGCUGUCUCAUCGUGUCGGUGAUCAGGCCUACCACUUUUGUGUAGUCGGCAAACUUAAUUGGAGUCGUGCCUGGCCAUGCAGUCAUGGGUGAACAGAGAGUACAGGAGGGGACUGAGCACGCACCCCUGAGGGGCCCCCGUGUUGAGGAUCAGUGUGGCAGAUGUGUUGUUACCUACCCUUACCACCUGGGGGCGGCCCGUCAGGAAGUCCAGGAUCCAGUUGCAGAGGGAGGUGUUUAGUCCCAGGAUCCUUAGCUUAGUGAUGAGCUUAGAGGGCACUAUGGUGUUGAAUGCUGAGCUGUAGUCAAUGAAUAGCAUUCUCACGUAGGUGUUCCUCUUGUCCAGGUGGGAAAGGGCAGUGUGGAGUGCAAUAGAGAUUGCAUCAUCUGUGGAUCUGUUGGGGCGGUAUGCAAAUUGGAGUGGGUCUAGGGUUUCUGGGAUAAUGUUGUUGAUGUGAGCCAUGACCAGCCUUUCAAAGCACUUCAUGGCUACAGACGUCAGUGCUACGGGUCGGUUAGUCAUUUAGGCAGGUUAUCUUAGAGUCCUUGGGCACGGGGACUAUGGUGGUCUGCUUGAAACAUGUUGGUAUUACAGACUCAGUCAGGGACAUGUUGAAAAUGUCAGUGAAGACACUUGCCAGUUGGUCAGCACAUGCUCGGAGUACACGUCCUGGUAAUCCGUCUGGCCCUGCGGCCUUGUGAAUGUUGACCUGCUUAAAAGUCUUACUCACAUCGGCUAUGGAGAGCGUGAUCACACAGUCAUCCGGAACAGCUGGUGCUCUCAUGCAUGCUUCAGUGUUGCUUGCCUCGAAGCGAGCAUAGAAGUGGUUUAGCUCGUCUGGUAGGCUUGUGUCACUGGGCAGCUCGCGGCUGUGCUUCCCUUUGUAGUCUGUAAUAGUUUUCAAGCCCUGCCACAUCCGACGAGCGUCAGAGCCAGUGUAGUACGAUUCAAUCUUAGUCCUGUAUUGACUCUUUGCCUGUUUGAUGGUUCGUCGGAGGUCAUAGUGGGAUUUCUUAUAAGCGUCCGGGUUAGAGUCCCGUUCCUUGAAAGCGGCAGCUCUACCCUUUAGCUCAGUGCGGAUGUUUCCUGUAAUCCAUGGCUUCUGGUUGGGGUAUGUACGUACGGUCGCUGUGGGGACGACAUCAUCGAUACACUUAUUGAUGAAGCCAGUGACUGAUGUGGUGUACUCCUCAAUGCUGUCUGAAGAAUCCCGGAACAUGUUCCAGUCUGUGCUAGCAAAACAGUCCUGUAGCUUAGCAUCUGCGUCAUCUGACCACUUUUUUAUUAACCGAGUCACUGGUGCUUCCUGCUUUAGUUUUAGCUUAUAAGCAGGAAUCAGGAGGAUAGAGUUAUGGUCAGAUUUGCCAAAUGGAGGGCGAGGGAGAGCUUUGUAUGCGUCUCUGUGUGUGGAGUAAAGGUGGUCUAGAGUUUUUUUCCCUCUGGUUGCACAUUUAACAUGCUGGUAGAAAUUAGGUAGAACGGAUUUAAGUUUCCCUGCAUUAAAGUCCCCGGCCACUAGGAGCGCUGCAUCUGGAUGAGCGUUUUCCUGUUGAUUAAUGGCCUUGUACAACUCAUUCAGUGCAAUCUUAAUGCCAGCAUUGGUUUGUGGUGGUAAAUAGACAGCUAUGAAAAAUAUAGAUGAAAACUCUCUUGGUAAAUAGUGUGGUCUACAGCUUAUCAUAAGAUACUCUACCUCAGGCGAGCAAAACCUUGAGACUUCCUUAGUAUUUGAUUUUGUGCACCAGCUGUUGUUUACAAAUAUACACAGACCGCCACCCCUUGUCUUACCGGAGUCAGCCGUUCUGUCCUGCCGAUGUAGCGUAUAGCCUGCUAGCUGAAUGUUAUCAUUGUCGUCGUUCAGCCACGACUCGGUGAAACAUAAUAUAUUACAGUUUUUAAUGUCCCGUUGGUAGGAUAACCGUAAUCUUAAAUCGUCCACUUUAUUUUCAAAAGAUUGAACGUUGGCUAAUAGGAUUGAUGGAAGAGGCAGUUUACUCGCUCGCCGUCGGAUCCUUACAAGGCACCCCGAUCUCCGUCCCCGAUAUCUCCGUCUCUUCCUCACGCGAAUGACGGGGAUUUGGGCCUUGUCGGGUGUCUGUAUGAUAUCCUUCGCGGCCGCCUCGUUGAAGAAAAAAUCUUCGUCCAAUACGAGGUGAGUAAUCGCUGUCCUGAUAUCCAGAAGCUCUUUUUGGUUAUAAGAGACUAUGGCAGAAACAUUAUGUACAAAAUAAAUUACAAAUAACGCGGAAAAACACACAUAAUAGUACAAUUGGUUAGAGGGCUGUAAAACGGCAGCCAUCUUCUCCGGCGCUGUUCUCUCAGACUACGGACACACUAAUCCGUAGUUUAGUCAUGGAUGAUUGUGUUCAGUAGUUUAGUCAUGGAUGAUUGUGUUCAGUAGUUUAGUCAUGGAUGAUUGUGUUCAGUCAAUCCGUAGUUGAGUAAUGGAUGAUUGUGUUCAGUUAAUCCGUAGUUGAAUCAUGGAUGAUUUGAAGCUUUUGGACAUCAGAGCAAUGUUGAGGGAAUCCUAUUUGAGUCAGAAAAAUGUACUCAUAUGAUAGGUGAGAUAUAGAAAACCUUGCAGAGAGUCGAUCCAACUGACAGUGUCCCCUAUUGGAAUCCAGAGUUAGAAAGAACUGAAAUUGGCACAAGAUGGAGGAGGUGUUGGAAUGAAAUUACAGUUAAUGAAAAUGUACGCUUAAUCCAGUAUAAAUGAAUGUAUUAUACAAGAAACAAAAUUCACAAAUUCUACAGCACAACGGUAGAGUCGUGUCUGAAGUUUAAAACUUAACAACGACUCAAUAAUUCAUGCCUUCUGGGAGUGCUAUAAAGUCCAGAAGUUAUGGGCGGAGUUAGAUAAACGGCUGUCAGAAGGAUUACAAUGUAAGUUUCCUUUUAAUCCAUCUGUCUGCAUAUUACAAGAGAUGGCAUAGGAGGGUGUGGUGAGAUACCCGAUGGGUUGGCCAAUAUUAUUUUAAUCACUUAUAUUGAAGAAGCUAUUACAUAAAUAUUGGAAGUCAAAUGAUACUCCAACAUUUAAAGGGAAAUUUUAAAAAAUCGUCAUCUUCAGCACCACCCCAACAUCAACAGGAAGAUAAGUGUUUCCAAUGACCUCAUCAACCAAUUAGUAGGCAAUGCCUACUGUUAGGUUCUGACAAACAGAGUGAAAAACUAACGGACAACUAGUCAAAGCUCAAACCAAGUUUAUUCACCCAGUGGGGCUACAAAGACAUGUUUCCACCAGCACAAGUAUUUAUACCCUCCUUUAUGCGGAGUCUCCUCCUUGCACCUCUAAACACUACAUCUUUGUUGCUAGGCAGGAAGCUAAGUGAAGUGUAAUAAAUGGCCAGCCAGGCGUCCCCGGGCCGGCGGGGCUUUGCCUUGGUGGCCUCUGGUACAUUCUAAUGUCUUGAUUCCAUCUGAAAUACACAGCCAAAUGAUUGAAUACUUUAACGACUUUACCUCCCAGAUUGGAGAAAUUAGUUGUGAUUUUGUGUAGAAAGACUUUACAAUUAAAAUGACUGAAAACGUCUGAAUUCAGUGCGUUGUUAGUUGUUCUGGAUGUGGUCUAGGUCUAGGACUAUACGAUCAGGACUAUAUGAUCUAAGUAAGAGAACAUUAAACCUUUUUAACAUUUAACCUGUCUUCUCUGGAGAUUAAAGUCAUAUUUACAGUUUUACUGCAAGAUAUGAAUUGCCACAAUGAUGUUUGUUCUUCAAAUGAUGUAUUUUAUUAAAACAGAGAAAUGAAUCAAAUAACCCACAUCGUCUUGAGAAAUAAAAUGUUAAGGUUUAGUUUUUCCAAGUUUCAGUUUUUUUUCAUGUGUUUGCUCGCAAAAUUACCCUUUUUCAUAGAACGUGCAAUGUUGUUGUUUUUCUAAGUCCCACAACAAUGCUUAAACCACUUUUGAGGUCUGGGAAAAAUCUGGGGAACUUUUGAUUUUUGGAUGUAGUUACCCUUUAAUUCAAGUGCACGAGGCAGUUGUUUAGUGGUGUUUUUCAUGAUAUCAUUCUACCAGGUAAGCAUAGGCUACUUUUGUAGUUAACGUUUUAAUUGAGAAGGUUUUUGGGAAAGCCUUUCCAUCUACCAGAAGACUGUUUUCAUUAGCAUCAUCGCUAACGGCUACACAAAGUGGUAGACGAGUGCACUGCACACACACAGACGGGCGUUCUCAUUGCCUCUUCAGAAAAGUCGCAGGAAAUACAAAUCACUGAUGCGUUCUGUUCAUGUCUUAUGAUUUAACUUGGGCAAAUGUAUUACUUUUCAAUACAUUUAGUUGAUUCCCUACUAAAGUCAAUACAUUUUUUAAUAUUGUUGAAUUCCGUUUUAAUGCCUGGAUUCCUUGAGUGCCCUGAUGAUCCUAUCUGGACCAGAAUGAGGCUCUCCACUACCUGUUGUUCCUGCAGUGAUGAUUCACCAUCUUCAUCGAAUGUUUUCAUAAUGUAUCUGCAGGUGAUCUCCAAAAAGACUAGGCCUAUCAGUAUCCAAUGCAAAUUAGGGAACCAAAUCAACGGCUCUCUCAGCGAUGCGAUUCGGUAGGCUACACUGACUGACGAGACGAGAGUCACUCACUUUAUCGUCACUGUCUGGCAAGCCCCGACAUCCUAGGAAAUCCUUUGGUUUACUUGUCCCGAUGCGAUGCCAUGGACAUAUAACAACUACAUUGUAUGAUCUAUGAAUGGCAAAGGGAUAUAGGAGAUUGACUUUAUUCAGGCAGUUAGACACCUUUUAUAAACUAGUCAACACUUGCUGUUCGGUUGUCAAUAAAACACACAGUAAAUAGUCUACUAUACACCACGACUCCGUGGCUGGUUAUAGAAAAUAAAUGAACGUGUCAGAAAACAAUAAUUAGGGUAAGAGGAUUGACUCAUCGUUACCACUUACAUUAAAUGGGACGUGCAAAUUCACUAGCGUCAUGCUCGCGCUCCUUCGUUUAGCUUGAAUUCAACUAAUUGGUUUUGAGCCAGGUGUGGUUGUAUUGAGCUGGUACAAAAAAUGAGAGUUGAGAAAUGUUGCUGAUCAACUCAACGGACAACUAAAGCAUAACUGUAAACUUCUCUCAUUAUGGGUUCUUAUCCUCUCUCUCUGCAGAGUAAGAUCAUCCGUGUUCUCAACCUGUGGCAGAAGAACGCUGUGUUUGAGAUGGACAUCGUCCAGCCCCUGUUGGACAUGGCUACUGGCUCCUUAGUCCCUGAUCCCUCCCCCCAGGAGGAUCUCCAGACCCAGCCCCCGGUCUCCAGUACCUCCAUAGCUGCAGUUCACCUCCAGGCCCAGCCCCCGGUCUCCAGUACCUCUAUAGCUGCAGUUCACCUCCAGGCCCAGCCCCCGGUCUCCAGUACCUCCAUAGCUGCAGCCCUGCCCCAGCUUCCCCCGCAGCUCCAGAACCCCGAGGCCCUGGCUGCCGUGGCCCAGCUCUUCCAGUCCGGACAGGGACACGAGGUGAGUGAGAGCCGUAGAAGGAAAGAAUGCAUCGCUGUACCAAGUCAGUCCGUGGUGAGCGUACCCAUGGAGAUCCUGUAUUCUAAUUCUAUGAGAGUUACCCAUGGGGUUACCUGUCAGAUUGCCAUGGUUAGAGGUUCUAUUCCAGUUCUACUCGUCUGUUGUUAUAGCGACACACUUACACACUACUAGCUCAUACACCCCACAACAACAUAUGACUGGGACAGAACAUUCAAAUUAAAUGGGUCUUGUAUCCUCUUCACUGUUGCUCUUUCUUGACCAGUCAUUUGGUUCUUUACUGUAAACUAUGUAGUUCUUCUGAAUAAAGUUCUAUACCAGGCUAAUAAAGAAUUAAAUACAUGAUAUUAUCUUGCUUGUCACCCAGGUAGUAACUGAUUUGAUGGAUUGAGUGUAAUUGGGCUCUAUUCCUUCCUGUCUGUGUCCAGCUUCAGAAGAUGCUCCAGAGAUUCCAACCAGGGCAGCAGACCCCUCCUAUGGUUCCCAACGCCAUGGCUGACCAGACCCCUCCUGUGGUUCCCAACGCCAUGGCUGACCAGACCCCUCCUAUGGUUCCCAACGCCAUGGCUGACCAGACCCCUCCUGUGGUUCCCAACGCCACGGCUGACCACCCACAGAUGGUCCAAGGCCAGCAUAACUCACACCAUCCACUGUUCAACACACACCACACGCAGCCUACGGAGCAAAAUAACUCACUAGCUAAGGUAAUGCAUUAUUAUUGUACGCAAAGCACAUUUCUGACCAACAGAUAAUUUUGAGGCCUAAUAUUAUAACAGGACAGCUCUUCCGUGGUUUUCAUAAAGCCUCCGUGAACGGGAUGGUCAGUGGUCCGUCAGGGAUAUUAAGUAAGCUCUUGAGUGAUUGUUAUGGAUGUGUCACUAAAUCAGGGUUUUGUGAUGUAUGGAUGUGUAGCUACACUGAACGAAAAAUAUAAAUGCAACGUUCUACAAUUUCAGUUACAGUUCAUAUAAGGAAAUCAGUCAAUUGAAAUAAAUAAAUUAGGCCCUAAUCUAUGGAUUUCACAUGACUGGGAAUACAGAUAUGCAUACCUUAAAAAAAAAAAAAAAAAGUAGGUGGCGUGGAUCAGGAAACCAGUCAGUGUCUGGUGUGACCACCAUUUGCCUCAUGCAGCGUGACAUCUCCUUCGCAUAGAGUUGAUCAGGCUGUUGAUUGUGGCCUGUGGAAUGUUGGCCUGUGGAAUGUUGUCCCACUCUUUUAAUGACUGUGCGAAGUUGCUGGAUAUUGUCUGGAACUGGAACAUGCUGUCGUACACGUCGAUCCAGAGCAUCCCAAACAUGCUCAAUGGGUGACAAGUCUGGUGAGUAUGCAGGCCAUGGAAGAACUGGGACAUUUUCAGCUUCCAGGAAUUGUGUAUAGAUCCUUGCGACAUUGGGCUGUGCAUUAUCGUACUGAAACAUGAGGUGAUGGCGGUGGAUGAAUGGCAAUACAAUAGGCCUCAGGAUCUCGUCACGGUAUCUCUGGGCAUUCAAAUUGCUAUAGAUAAAAUGCAAUUGUGUUCAUUUUCCGUAGCUUAUGCCUCUGCCAAUACCAUAACCCCACCGCCACCAUUGGGCAUUUGCUCACUGAAGUCAGUUACGACGCCGAACUGCAGUCAGGUCAAGACCCUCGUGAGGACGACGAGCACGCAGAUGAGCUUCCCUGAGACGGUUUCUGAUAGUUUGUGCAGAAAUUCUUCAGUUGUGCAAACCCACAGUUUCAUCAGCUGUCCAGGUGGCUGGUCUCAGACGAUCCCGCAGGUGUAGGAGCCGGAUGUGGAGGUCCUGGACUGGCGUGGUUACACGUGGUUGUGAGGCCAGUUGGAUGUACUGCUAAAUUCUCUAAAACAACGUUUGAGGUGGCUUAUGGUAGAGAAAUUAACAUUAAAUUAUCUGGCAACAGCUCUGGUGGACAUUCCUGCACUCAGCAUGCCAAUUGCACGCUCCCUCAACUUGUGACAAAACUGCACAUUUUUGGAGUGGACUUUUAUUGUCCCCAGCACAAGGUGCACCUGUGUAAUGAUCAUGCUGUUUAAUGCCACACCUGUCAGGUGGAUGGAUUAUCUUGGCAAAGGAGAAAUGCUCACUAACAGUGAUGGAAACAAAUUUGUACACAAUUUCAAAAAUGCCUGCUGUCUUUUUCAGCUCAUGAGACCAACACUUUACAUGUUGCGUUUUAUAUUUCUGUUCAGUAUAAAUCAUGGCAAUCUGAUUGUUAUGCCGGUCUGUCUUCAGAAACUCCUGGACCGCUUUGAUUACGACGACGAACCAGAAGAGGUGAAGAAAGAGGAGAUGGAUUCCCUUGUUCCAGGAAACGUGUACGGUGACCAGUUUCCUGGUCAAAUGCAGCCCAACAUGGAGCGGCAGUUUCAGGACCUUAUGAUGGGCCAGCCUGGGAGGCAGCAGACACCUGAUGGAGGAUACCAUGGUCUGAACAAGGGCUACAGCCAGAGUCAGCACACUGCCCAGCAGAACCAGGACCAGGACCAGGGAAAGUCCAGAGAAAGAGAAGAUCCGUCUGGGUGGAGGGAUGGGAGGGAGGGGAGGCAGCGCGGCCACGGCAGGAGGUCACGCUCCAGGUCUGGCUCUCGGUAAGAAGCUGGACCCAUGGUUGAUAUUGGUUGGUGAUGUUUAGGACACUUGACAAACUGUAAGAGCAAAGUUGAUUUGUUUAGGAUGAACAGGUCCUCUGUUAGGGAGCCCUGCCUGUUCCCACCUUUUUACCUUGGCUUUUAGUCCAUGAUUGUACUGUUAUUUUAAUCACCCUUUAUUGCUUCUAUAUCCGUUUGCUUUUACGUAUUUCAUUUGAUUGUUUUGCUGUGAAGUACGUUGCGAUUUUUAAAUGUACUUGAUCUCUCUCUCUCCAGAUCUCCCAGGAGAAAGAGAUCCAGGUCCAGUUCUCGCUCCCGGAAGUCCCGACACUCCUCCCGGCGCUCCGGGUCUCGUUCCAGGGAAAGUCGCUGGAACUCCCCUCGCUCCCGCUCGCAGGAGAGGAAGGAGAGAGAGAAGGAGAAGGAACGCAGACAGAAAGGUCUGCCCAGCAUCAAGAGCCAGACGCUCAGUGGUACGUACUGUCAGAUACACUCAAGGACUGCGUCCCAAAUUACAUUUACAUUACAUUUACAUUACAUUUACAUUACAUUUUAGUCAUUUAACAGACGCUCUUAUCCAGAGCGACUUACAGGAGCAAUUAGGGUUAAGUGCCUUGCUCAAGGGCACAUCGAUGGCACCCUAUUCUCUACUAUUAUUGACCAGGGCCCAUAUUGAAUGUUUCCCUCGUUGUGUAGUUUGCACCACCACUCUGUGGGUUGGCCAGCUCGACAAGAAGACCACUCAGCAGGACGUCAUGUCUUUACUAGAGGAGUUCGGACAGAUCGACUCCAUCAAUGUAAGUAUGAGGGCUGACACACAUAAUACUCACUGGCGCCCUAUUCCCUUUAAACAGUGCACUACUUUUGACCAGGGCCUAUCAGGAAUAACCUCAAGGAGUGCUCUAUGUAGGUACAAGGGGGAUUGACCCUGAAUAAGACACUUGGAACAACUUGGGUGAUACCAACCUGUUUCUCCUUCCCUCCCCUCCAGAUGAUCCCUCCUCGGGGCUGUGCCUACAUAAUGAUGGUUCACAGGCAGGAUGCCUACAGAGCUCUACACAAACUCAGCAGAGGAUCCUUCAAGGUCAACCAGAAGGCCAUCAAG